ACAGCAAACUCGCAAUACAGACCAGACGUAGACAGCAGUACUAAAUAUUGUUUGCGUAUCCAACCCUUUCAGUUUCCGAGGAUUCCACCCUCGCGAGCUUUCUAGAGGCAACACUGUUCCCGUCAAUGUACGGCCAACUCAGGUUCUUGUUGGCAUGAAGCCUGGGAUAUUCUGUCUGCAUGUGAGGCUAUUCAACGAGCGCCAAAACUCGGAUGCUGUCACUUCUCAUGCGAUCUCCUCUACGAGGUUUCAUUCCUGUCGUCGCCCCUCAUUCACACUACAUGGGUGGAUACAGUCCGCCGCAUUCAGAGGUGUGUCUUUCAUCUAUGCAAACUCCAAAGUGUUUCUGACGCGCGUCAUCUGGGAAUUGUCAUCCGAUCUCAAAAUAAUCCCACUCGACCGGUUGUAUGACAGCCGAGCACGAGGUUGGCGGACCGUAGGUCUGGCCUUUUCCGUCCUAUCUAGAACCAAAGCUAAAGUCUCCACUACAGCUUGGCUGCUGCAGCCAUCGUCUUUGGCUUGCCGUUGCGAACAUAUCUCUUUGAAUUUGGUUAUGAUGAGAUUGUUGGCUGUCCCGUACCCUCCAUUCUCUCUCGGCGGUCUAAUGAGACAAAUGUGAAAGCAGAUACCGGGCUUCAGGAUCUGAGCAUAGGCAAGCUCCUUGAUGGAGAAGCUAGUCUUCUUUUCACCGUCGCCCGGUUCUUCGACACACC